GGCUUUUGAACGUAGUGUUGUUGCGACGCCGCGGCGGACACAACGUGUUGUGCUCGUGUUUAGUGCUUGUUUAUACUUCACCACACGAUGCUUCUAUAAAUAUAACACACAUUUACAUUAGUCAGCUGAGUGUUUUCAACUAAGAGGUCUAAUUUAAACCAAUUUUAUUUAUAAUAUUUAGUAAUGAGACCAAGCACAGAGGAGGGCGUGGAGCCGCCGCAGAUCGUGGUGCUGGACGGGGGCUUCUCGACUCAGCUGUCGUGCCACGUGGGCCACGUCAUCGACGGGGACCCGCUGUGGAGUGCGCGCUUCUUGCACACGCAUCCCAACGAAGUUGUCAACACACACCUUGACUUCCUCAGAGCGGGAGCUCAUUUAAUAAUAACAAACACGUAUCAAGCAUCACUGGACGGAUUCGUGGAGCACCUAGGCGUGUCGCCGGAGCAGGGCUACGAGCUCAUAGUGCGCGCGGUAGAGCUCGCCAAACGCGCACGAUCUCUUUAUUUAGAAGAAUAUAGAGACUGCAUUCAAGAUGAUCACGUGCCUCUGGUGGUGGGCUCAGUGGGUCCAUACGGCGCUCAUCUGCACGACGGAUCUGAAUAUGACGGCAGCUACGCCGAUACUACAACUGUUCAGACAAUGCGGGAAUGGCAUCGGCCCAGAAUCCAAGCUCUAGUGGAGGCCGGCGUGGACCUACUCGCCUUAGAAACAAUACCCUGCCAAGAGGAGGCCGAAAUGUUAUGCGACCUGUUGAGAGAGUUCCCCAAUGUUAAAGCUUGGCUUGCAUUCAGUUGUAAGGAUAACCAAAGUAUAGCACACGGCGAAAGCUUCCAGAAAGUGGCAAAAAAAUGUUGGGAAGCGAAUCCGGAUCAAUUAGUCGCUGUGGGGGUAAACUGCUGCGCCCCCUCCUACGUGUCCACACUGCUGAAGGGAAUCAAUGACGAUCGGCCGCACGACCCCAUCCCCUUGAUUGUUUAUCCCAACUCAGGCGAGAAAUACAAUCCGCAAAUAGGAUGGAUAGACCGUGACAAAUGCGAGGCUGUGGAGGUAUUUAUUCAGGAGUGGUUGGACCUGGGCGUGCGGUACGUGGGCGGCUGCUGCAGGACCUACGCCACCGAUGUGUCGCGUAUCCGCAAUCAGGUGCACUGCUGGCGAGACCGCCGACGCUUCCACGUCAAGUACCAAGACAAUCUCAAUAGUAAUAGUGUACACUGAAACAACUAGUACCUUUAUAUGUUUAAGUUGU